UAAGUGUUGCGCUGGCUCAUAUAAACUUCGGUACCUUCAAAACGUUGCUUUCCCAACUUCGUAAUUAAAGAAUCUGGUUGCACACACGUCACGAACUCGAAUUGCAGCGAUGGAUAGAGGGCCUAGGCCUGGUGCUACUGCGUCUCCAGAUGUCAACCUUGUACAGUUAUUGGUGUUCAUCUGCACUCUGCUCUCCGCGUUAUCUGUUCCUGCAUUCAGUGGGAUUUUUGGCUUUCUUCAUGAAGUUCCUGAAGGACAUGUUGGUGUUUACUGGAGGGGUGGCGCUCUAUUGAACACAAUUACUGACCCUGGCUUCCAUUUGAAGAUUCCUUUUUUGACUCGAUAUGAGCCAAUUCAAGUUACCAUCCAGACAGAUGAGGUAAAAGAUAUUCCAUGUGGUACUAAGGGUGGAGUGAUGAUUUACUUUGAGAAGAUUGAGGUCGUUAAUCGCCUUCGUAAGGAGUAUGUCCAUGAAACCAUGUUAGAUUUUGGUGUCACUUAUGACAAGACUUGGAUUUAUGAUAAAAUUCACCAUGAAAUAAAUCAGUUUUGCAGUGCACACACAUUGCAGGAUGUCUACAUUGACAUGUUUGAUCAGAUUGAUGAAAAGAUGAAAGAAGCUAUUCAAAAUGAUUGCACUAUUUAUGCACCUGGCAUUGAGAUUAUAAGCGUAAGGGUAACGAAACCUAAAAUUCCAGAAGCCAUUGCCCGAAACUAUGAACAAAUGGAGGAAGAACGUACAAAGUUUCUCAUAGAAAUAGAGAAGCAAAAGGUGGCAGAAAAGGAGGCUGAAACACAAAAAUUGAAGGCCGUGACAGAAGCUGAGAAAGAUGCACAAGUAAGCAAGAUUCUUAUGCAGCAACGGAUGAUGGAAAAAGAAAGCAUCAAGUUGCAACAGGAAAUAGAAAACGAAAUGUACUUUGCUCAAGAGAAAAGUAUUGCAGAUUCUAAUUUUUACAAGUUUAAGAAGGAAGCCGAUGCGAACAAAUUACUAUUGACUCCAGCAUAUUUGGAAUCGAAGUUUAUGGAGGCUAUUGCAAACGAUACAAAGAUCAUUUUCGGAGAUAAGGUACCCAACAUGGUUCUUGACCAGAAACUUUUACAAACAUAUUCAAAGGGGUUUAAUGUCUGAAAAUAUGACAGCUCCAAGGAAAUAUUUUAAAGCGUUGCAAUUUUGUUCUAUUAACUGUGGGACCAUAUAUUUUUUUUCUUUCUCCAAGAGCUAGGCAGUGUUGGCCUCCAUAUUAAUGUGGUGUAACAUAUAUUUACUUAAAGAAUGGAAAUGAAGUUUGUUCAUGUUC